AUUCUAUGGGCUCUGAGACGAUUGUUCGAUAAGCAGACGACGCUAAUAUUUAUUUAUUUUUCAUUAUGUUAAUUUAUUGGACUGCGUUUCAAAAUAAUUAAUUCAUUUUGUUGUUGAUGCAUUACUCGGUAAAUUAUUUAGGUCAAACUUUGUAGUUUUUGAAUGCUACGGUUAUUACUGGAAUGAGUAAGUCUGCUAAAUGUCUGGAGGAAGCACCACGCAGAAAGCUGUUUACUCACCACUCCCUCAAACAAUUAGUGACACAGACUCGUCGGAAGAAGAACUGAACAGUGUGCUGCAUUCUAAUAAUUCCUUUCCUGUAAACAGGAAGCUUGCAGUGCCUGGAAAAGACUCUGCAAAAAACGGUCAGAAAAUGGGCGAGUACCGCCAGCUGGGCCACGACGGCGAGACGGACGUGUCUCUGAACGGUCUGUCGAACCAGGAAAGCACGAUGGCCGAUGACAUACUCAUCGUGAAGCCGGAAGAGCCGACUCUGCGAGGCUUCCAACACAUGUCCCCGCUGCGCAAGUUGUUCUUCUUCGGGUCCGUCGCCCUGUGCGGCGUCACGGUGAUGGUGUUCCUGUGGGUGCUGCCGUGCGACUGGGCCACUUGCCCGUCCGCGCAGGGCCUCAGGGCGAGGUCGCGAUCCUGGGAGAGGACGCUGGUUGGGCUGGAAUUGAAGGGGGCCAUCAGCAUUGUACCGGGAGUUCUCGGGAGGAGCCGCAACCUGAUAUUCAUGCUUCGUGGUGACGUGGGGAACCCGAGUGGUUCCAACACCUCACGUGCUGGCGUGGAGAGCUUUCCCGUCGAUGGAGGGGGCAUAAUCUCUCUGAUUGGCUCUACCGGGGUGAUUGCGUGGUGGAAGAGGUUGUCUGCUCUGCCCAGGGACAUAGACUGCUCUCUGCUGGAUGUGGACAACAACGGGGUGGAUGACUGCCUUGUACUGGGUGACAAAGGACUGCUGCUCGCCAUUGACCCUGUGUCUGGGGCCCAGCGGUGGCAGCUGCGGGCCGCGAGCGGCAAGGAGGCGGACGCGCCGACAGACCUGGACUUCCCGCUGGUGCUGCCGGACCUGGACGACGACGGCGUGAGCGACCUGCUGACGGCCUGCAGCCUGCCGCGGCAGCAGCGCAACUCGCUGGUGCUCGUCUCGGGCGGCUCCGGCGUCUCGCUGGGCCGCAACGUGCAGGUCCAGGCCUGCUUCAGGGUGCACGUGCUCUCGAUCGAGAACCUCACCGUGUCCUACAUCUGCCAGCAGGGCGAGAAAGAGGCAGUAAGGGAGAUGGAGCUGUUGGACUUGUACAAGCAAGCCACCAACAGGAUGUUCCCGAAGGCCGGGACGCUGGCGGGAGCCCCCUCGCACCAGCACAAGGGCUACGAUGGCAGGCCCUCGGUCGCCAGGAGCCUGACGCUCAGCGUGGGCGGACGCUCCCUCACGCUGGAGAACAGCGGGCGGUGCCCACUCCACUGCCGCGUGGCGGUGAACGUUACGGGCCAGGGCGGCCAGCUGGUGUGGAACCACACCGCGGAGAACGCUCACGGCACGGUGCCCGUCGCGAUGGUGUUUGCCGACCGGUCGGGGCCCGUGAGUGGCUUCGUGCUCAAGUUCUGGCAGUGGGGUGCACGUGACGACCUUGGCGCGCACCUCGUCGCACACCGGCUGAGCGAGCGUGUCGUCCUGAUCGUGUUCAACUCCUCCGACAUGCGUGUUGUGAACACCAACCAGAGUGACAUUACGCAGCUGUGCUCCUGCCUGGACGGGCGGGAGGAGGACAUUGAUUGCCAACCGAACCUGUCGUUCCAGGAACAGUCACUGCUGUUUGGAGACUUGGACCAAGAUGGCUCACAAAAACUAAUAUCAUAUUUAUCCACUUACGUGUCACGCACGCAGAAUAAUUCUGUUGUGUGGCAUUUGGAGUCAAAGGUGCGUGCCAUCCGGCUAGAAGCAGAGCUGCCGAAGCUCUACGAAGCAUUUACCAAGGUUGUUUGAUGAUGGUAACAGUUUCUUUCAUUUUGUAGUUUUUUUCAAGUGAGUUUAGUCUUUGUGAUUAUAUCUUGCUUUUACAACUUAAAUUCAGAUUGUAUUUAGUUUAGCUGAGAGAUUCAGCUAUUCAGGAUAUCAUGUAAACAAUAUGUUGUACUGACAGUUACGUAUACAUUAUCUGUUAUACUAUUCAUUUUUUACAAUUUUUUCUGUUGAUAACAUGUAUUCAAAAUAUAAUUCUUACAUUAUAGCAUGGGUGAAAAUCUGUUGGAUUCCCAGGGGGAGCCAGUGGUUCGUAUAACGUUUUAUCAUUCCCAUUGCUAGCACAGUCGGACCCUCCCAGAGAUGGACUUUUUGAUUCAGGGGGGAGGGGGCUCUGAUCCCCCGGGGAUAUGCACCCAUGCAUCAUAGCGAUACUUUAUUAUGGAUACUAUUGUACGGAAUGGUAAGUUAUCAACAUUUGACUCUCAAGAGGAAUCCCUGCUGAUUCAGAUUUUUUUCUUUUUCUUUUUUUUUAAAUUUUCUUUUCAUUAAUGGGUUUGCAGGCUUGCUCCAAGCAUCUGCGGUUAAAUAUUUGAAACUGGCUCAAGUUCAACAAUGUUGUAACAGCUUGUUCGAAACUAAGAGUUUUCAAUAUAUGUCACUUCUUGAGAACAUUCUUGAAACAAAGCUCUCUCUAACGGUCUGAUUUGUGCCCGGGGGGGGGGGGGGGGGGGAGGGGAGGUUCUGGUCAGUGGGAGAGAUGUGAAUGGAACCAAACAACCUGUUGUUGAUGAGAGGUGUGAAUGUGGACAUAAAGCCAGUGUGCUGAUGCGUUUUGAUUGAGAUGUCUAUGGACCUUGAGCAGAAAACAAAAAAAUAGGGAAGUAUGUACUCUUUAGGCUCACGCCCACAUUCUUAGUUAAAUCUGUGUAUGAGAUGUUUUCGAAUGUUGAAUUACUUUUGCUUGUCUAUGUUAAUUUUUCAAGCAUCACUCUCUCGUAGAAUAUAAGACUGUUGCAUGCACAAAUUAAGCACAGGUUUUAUUUUGCCUCACUUUUCAUUGUUUCUGACAUUUUUACAUUAUUGAAAGCAAAAGCAACCAUGUAUAGUUAGACACCGCCCAAAGCUUCAAGUCUACAGGCUCACGAAGGCGCCUCACUCGUUCUGUUGAUAAGUUCUGGCACUCGUUUGAUUCUGUAUGAACCGGCCUAGCGCCCAAGCCCUUUCCCACUGGCUCGGGCAUUGAAUACUUAUGUAAUUGCGUGGCAUUACCUAAAACAAGCAAUAUUAGAACGUUUUGUAAACUGUCACUUGGCCCUACUUUACACUCAACAAAUUUUUUCUGGUUAACUAACCUUAAAGACCUCAAUUUCCACAUAACGUACAAAUAACUCGUGUAACUCUUUCCGUUGCUGAGUUAUAACUAAAUUCUGUGGUCGCGCAGAGUGAAUUUCGAGGCUCUUUUUCAACCGCACAAUGACGUAGGUGCACAAUGGUGUAAGUGCACUAACAAGCAAUGUACAGUGGUCUAUUUUCAGAAUAUAAAACACUUGGCAAUACAACCAGUGAGUCAAGAGAUAUAUUAAAAAGUUUUGGCAGCAACAAAAGCGUUUCAUCCCUAACUCUGGCGGGACCUUAGUAUGGAAGACUUUUUAAAAA